GGAUCUCUCCUUCGCACUAUGGUAGUUUGAAUGGUUCUCGCCCGACCUUUUUGACUACCAGAAUUGAGAGCUUCUGUUCUCCUCAAAAUUUUGAAUCGUGAAGUGUCUGUUUCAAUCUUUCCAACACCUUCUGUUUCAGAGCGUUGAGAACGACCUGCUAUCAAUUGAAGCAAUGAAAACAGCAUCGGUCUGAGUUUCAAUUUCUCAAACAUAUACUUUCGUGGUCUGUAUGCAUUUAGUUUCAAGUCUUCUGCAUCAUUCGAGUCUUCUGUUGUGAGAGAAGUUGUUUUUCAGGGUGUGAAAUUCAAAAGUUAACGAUCAAGUUCUGUCUUUGAGAAGAGCGAACUUCUAGGCUAUGGCAAUAGUUUUUUCUCAUUCUGUAAAACCAAUUUUUUAAAAUUCACUUUAUAAGAUCAGGACGAGAUCAGGAAAGCAAUUUUUGCAUCGGUGGCUUGAUGAGUAGCCUUCACGUUUGUAGUUACGAACUAGAUACUUAAACUACAACACGUGACUAGAAGAAUUUUGCAUCUAUCUUCCCUUUCACCUGCAAAGAAAAACUGAAGAUGGAGAAUCUCUCCGAAAUGAAUCCGCGGACUGCUGCAGCAUUGCUCGAGGUGUCGGGAACGGCGACCAAAGAUGAGAUGUAGGGUAUGGUAGUCGUGUGACUUCUCACCAGACGGAUCUCCUUCAUCAACGAGCCGCUUUUCUUUCAUCAUUACUACAUGACGAUGACAUAUUUAUACGAUAGGUAAGAAACAGUACUACUGCCUGUAAUUCUUGGCUCUUAUCUCACGCUUGCCAGUUACUACUUAAUUUGAAACGCAGCACUGUUUUUUUUUAUCGUUUACUUCAUCGCCUCCUGCUCGUGCAGCACUGUUUUUAUCGUUUUCUUCAUCGCCUCCUGCUCGUGCAGCACUGUUUUUAUCGUUUUCUUCAUCGCCUCCUCAUAGACCACAGUUUCUUGAUUCCUCCGUUCAUCUCUUUGCUGCUGCUUUUAAGCGGCUUGCGCUGAAAUUCCAUCCGGACAAGAAUCGCGAUCAUGUGGAGUGUACGACGGCUGCUUUUCAACUCGUACAAGCGGCGCGAACGGUUCUACUUGAGGCGGCGCCGCCAUUUUAUCUACCUGAAGACUCACCGUAUGAAGAAGAAAAAGCAAAGGCAGCACGUCGCGGAUCCUUGAUAAAGAUUAAGGGUUACCACAUUGCAUUCUUCACUACCAUCCUUGACUUUUUUUCCAGUAGGAAAAGGGUCAGGGAUGACGUGAAGAAUGCAAUGUCGCAAGCAACCUCUAAAAAACACAAUCGUCGUGCUGCGAAUCAUGCUGGCAGCACGCGAGCUGGUAGACAACACGUCGAUGACGUGCAAGGAAUUGGUGCCUUUUUUACAUCGUCAAUGAAUGGUCGUGGGAGAACAAGACGAACCAGGCGUGCGAGUUCGCGACAUCAAAGUCAAUGUGUUGUGACAGAAGCUUCUUCUGAGACAGCAAGUACGACGCCACGCUCAAGGAAUGCAGGUUUAUUGUAGAAAAAAAAAUAGAGCUAGACCAGCACCUUUCAAUUUCUAUUUCUUAGCGCUGCUUUGUUUUCCGAGAAGUAGUAGAACAAGACUUUUUAUUGCAGAACAAGUAGUAGGACUUUCUUCAUCUUGUCCGAAAAGUGACAUCUUCUUUUCUUGUACUCACUACAAUUAGUAUUUUAAUUUUUGAUGUUCCUUCCUACUUUAUUGACUUUCUACAACGAACUUUCUUCAUCAGAUGAUCGUGCUUCCGGACAACGACGGUCCACAAGUCACCGGGGGGUAAACGAGGAUGCAACAUGGCAAGCAUUAGUGGAGGAAGCGAAUGGCCGCCAAAAAUGGCUUCAGAAUCGAACACCGCUCGUGACUCCGAGGGGCGAAGUGACAGGAACUACAGAAAAGAACAAGCAUGAUACACCUAGAGCAGACCACGAGGAUGAAAUAACAGACGAUCAAGAAGACCAGGGCAUCGCAAGCUCAUCUGCAGAGGUCAGUAUUAUUCCAUGUACCAAAUUGAGUAGUACAAGAAAAAGAACAUCAAGUAGUGAAAAUCAAGAUCGUGAAUCCACGACCAGGGAAGAUGUUCUUGAGCAGUCUCAACGUCAAAAUCAAUGCAACAGGGAACAACAUCUCGUCGAUCAUGAGGCAACAUUUCCAACGAGAUCACCUUCAUCGUCUAGUGCUGCAACAUCCUCUUCGAACUCCUUCAGAGGACGCGCUGGUGGAGGAUCAUCUUCGUCCUUUCGUGGAACUUGGCGUUGUAAAGAGUGUGGUAAGGAGUGUCUAACGUUACAUGAUGCGUCAAUCUGUCAGGUAUGUGGCAACCCUCUGAGACUGCACACCGGACCAGGCCACAGUCUCUGCCUGCACGGCCAGUACUGCGCGAGAUUCGAACUGAGGAUACGAAGUUCGUACUGCCCUUGCGGUCAUAGUGCGGAUAAACACGAGUGCGUAUUUGCGAGCUCCCUUUUCGUCAAGAACAAUACCGGAGCAGGAGGAUAUGAUUGCACGAUCCCUGCUAGUACUGCUCCACCUAGAACUGCUGGUGGUGGUACCUCUAGUCGUGGUACAGGUACUCCUAGAUCCUUUUCCUUGGCAGGAGAGCGAUCAGCGUCUGGUUGUCAAGCAAGUAGUGCUGCUUCGAGAAGAACAAGUCCUGAAGGCGUUACUGGUUUUUAUUCUGCAUCAAAUGUUGGUGAAGAUGUUGAUGAAAGGGAGCAUCAUCGCCUUCCCGCUGGAAAUAGCAUCCAACGACCUCAGCAGAGUCUGCUCUCGCGCGGGCUCACAUUGCUGACGGAAGGCGACAGUACAACUACUUGGAGAAGCAGUGGUCUUGCACGAUCAGAACGAAGUACAGUAAAUAACAAUAAGCGGAAAAAUCAUCUGAAUCCACCUACACCUAGGCCUACAUCAAUGCACGAAAGACGAGAAACAGAAGAACUAACACAUCAGAAAGAGAAAGAACUACAGCAAGGUACCACUCGAAAGAAAAAAGUGGUUCAGGGUCAGUAUCAAGCAAAAUUGCAUACCUUGAUGAGUAAGUACAACAUGAAUCCAUCGUGAUUCUACAUUAUGCACAGUAAGCCCACUAGCAAGUCUGCGAGGUGUAACUUCGAUGAAGUAGAACAAGAAGAAGAAUAAAGGUCGCGGAGAAUAUUUGCUCCACCUUCUAUCUGCACACUGCACAGCACCAUCACUCUUAUACACCACCACCAGUAAAAAAGGAUCUUCAGGAGCCAGGAAAAAAUGAACCAGGAGUAAUUUAGAAAUAUAUAAGAACAAGUCUACUUAACUACAACAACUCCAGAUGAAUAAGUAAAUAUAGAACUACUUAACUACAUGCACCAGGUCAACGACCACGAGAGGAGGAAGAUUCCUAGAGUCUCCCAGCAAGAAUCAAUCGUUUGACUGAUACUGGUUGUCUCGGUGUGUUGAAGAGAUCAAACUCUUCGUACAGGCAACGAAUCUAGAUGAACCUCGUCUUCUACCUUCUACGAGUAU